AUGCGUUUACGGAACAGCGUCAAGGGAUCGAGUGAUAUGAUUGCCGGCGGCAGUGGCGGCUACGAAGAACCCACCGACAGGCAUCGAAUGGAUAAUUUCGACAGCCUUCUGACAGCAUUCGAUGGGUUCAUCCGCGGCAGGACGGAUGGAGCAAGCACAGACCGCAGCCAACCACGCUUUGAACAUUUUGACAGUAACAGCAGGACACAUGAACUCCCUGCCAAAACCGACGGCGGUGCUCGGUUGCCACGGCUCUACAGCCGAUCGUCAAGCGUGUUGUCGGCAGACCUCGGUUCGCAGAGGCGUCCGGGCACUCGCAAAAAAGACCGCCGUACGUCUAGGACUAAAGCCUCACCGGCGUCUCCAUCGGCAGUGAACAUCCUCACCCCUCAUCCUACCCUGGAAGAGCGUAUUCUAUACGGUCUGCAUGAUGAUCCAAUGGAUCUCAUGCUUCGAAGCAAGGGGAAACGGAGGUCUGGCCUUGGGGACCUGCAAAUCAGACCCGGAAGUGCAGGUCUCAACAACAACGCUGCUCCCUUCGGUGGAGGAAGUUCUGCCGCAAUCGCAGGGGUCUUCCGGCUCACGCACGCCGCAUCAGGCUACGUGCAUUACGGGUACAGCUGGGACAUCGGAGGAGCAAAAGCUGAGCAGCUGAGGCGACUUGGGUUUGAAAGCGGCGACAGCUUCAGCAGCAACAGCCCCGAUCUCCAUCCUCACAGAGGGCUGUCCGCCAUCGUUUGCGGACCCAAAGAAAACAACCUCGGGGGUCGUGGUGACUUAGAAGGUACCACACGCAAGAACCUCAGAGUGUCAGCAGAGGCCGCAAUGGGCCCCAUUUGUUUCGAAGUGGUACGGCGGGUGUCAUUGCCGACCCGAUUUCGCGCGGUUGACUUCGAUAACUACUUGCGCAACGCUUGCCAGCAGGAGCUGCUGGAUCGGCGUGCACACCUACUAGUGCUUGUCGCGCGGCAGUACAAAAUUACAUACGUAGGCCCGGCUUUCCGGCAUAUGCUAGUCACGUGCAGAAGAGAAGGAGAAAACGAAAUGUUCGCCGCCGCCGCUGAGAUUCAGCGCACCUGGCGCGGUUUCCACUCGCGUGACUUAGCGCGACGUGCACGAGAAAAGAGGGACCGUGAUCGUGUAGAGACUGAGCGGGAGAGAGUGGGGGGCAUCUUGGCGACGUGGGCUCAGGCGAAGCACCGGGGAAACCUGGGGCGACGACGUGCUUGCAGCUUGCGAGAGGAGAAGAUCGCAGGGGCCGCGGAACCUCGUUCCAGGAGGGAAAGAGAAGGCAAGCGUCCCUCGAGUGCUCCACGAUCAACGCAAAAGACAGGUGAUACAAAGUCGGUGGAAAGAGCUAGGCCGGCCACCCCCGAACUACCGGACGCGUCAAGGCUUGUGCUCGAAGGGGAUCCUAAGUUCAUCUCUGCUACGGCCAUCCAAGCCGCGUGGAGGGGCUUCUUCGCCAGGUUGGGCAUCAGGAAACGCCGGAGGGCAGCCGCGGCGUUGAGGAGAAAACGAGAGGGCAAGUGGCGAAAGCAGCGUGGAGUGGUGGGGAAGAGGGUAGCUGUGGCAUGGGACGAGCGGAGAGACUUGGAAGAAGGGGGCGAGGGAGGCGGCGCGGGGGGGAAAGCAUCCUGCACUGAAAUACAGGCUGUACGUUUCUUGAGGAACCUGAACGCACGCCGCCGUCGCCGGUACCGGGCGGCCACCAUAAUUCAGUGCGUCGCGCGCGGGCUAGCCAGCAGGCGCAGGUUUCAGCGUUUACGGUGCUUGCAUGAUGAGCACGCGGCUGCACGAAAGGUGCAGAUGGUGGCGAGGGGCUGGCUCGGGCGGCGGCAAGGUCGGCAGCGCAACGUCCUCGCGAAGUUCGGGGCAUGCGCUCUGUGCUGCUCGCGGCUGGCCGAGAUGUACCUCGAGACCACGGAACAGGAGCUGUGCUUGGAAUGCUACCGAACCACGGGGACGGUGCUGGAGUCCAGGAAAGUUCCACCUGCUCACUCCGAAGGGGCGUUCGAGCUGUUGGAGCAUCGCAAGAGGCAGAAGGCGGCGACACUCACGCAGCGCGCUUGGCUACGUUUCCAGCGAAGGGCUUCAGCGAGGUUCGGUAGUUGCGAAGUGUGCCCUCGGUGGAAAGGGCCAGGCGCCCCGCUCCCGCGCGCAGCAAGGGCCGUGUGCGUCGCGGGAUGCGAUCGCCGCCGCCACCUCCGGUACUGCCGCCGCUGCUGCGCGAUAGCCCAUUCUCUGAGGGCGACCGUGGGCCACGAGAUCAGGAGCGUGGACCGCUACGGCACCGAGAUGGCCGCUGUGGCGACGCUUGGGGGUGCCAUGUGGCGGUACAUUAUCAAGCUCCGGUUUUUGAACCUGUUUGCGUGUUAUCGAAAGCAUCUACACUCGUCGGCAACGCUUGUCCAAUCACGGUGGCGGUGUUACCAUUGCCGCCGAGUGUUUACCGCACUUCGCCGAGGGUUUCUAUACGUGGAAGCGGCCGCAAGAUCUGUCGAGCGCUACUGGUUCAUCCGAAGCAGUAGAGAAGAUAUCAUAGCAAACAUCGCUGGAUUCAUGGCGUACAACGUCCAGGCUUUCCCGCCGGGGAUACACCCGCCACCUUCUGGUCGUUUCGCUUUGUGGGAACGGCUCAUAGUGGACGCUGUUCGAACUCGAGCUGUGACCAAAAUCCAGCUAGAGUGGAGGAAGAAGAUGGAGAGGGCGGUGGCUAGAGCUUUAGCACACGUGGCUCGGCUGCAAAUGAUCGAACGACAACGCCUUCGAGCUCUAGCCGAGCUUCACGCCAGCGUCGACAUCCAGCGCGCAUGGCGCGGGUCAAAAGGGCGUCGGGCCGCUUUCCGCCGGGCAGCCACAAUCAGGUUCGCCCAACGAACAGCCGAGCGGUACGCAAACCCUGACAGAUUUGCUGUCGCAAACCUCCGCGCGUUCAAUGCACACGGUGGGUUCUUGGGAGCCACAGGCGUCGAUGCCCGGUCCCUCCUUGCCGCAGCCGUGGGGGUCGGCGAGGAAGGGCAAAACGCUAUGACGGCAGGGGGCGGGGGAGUUAGAUCUCGUGAAAGUCGAAAGGUCGGAGGCUUUGGUGACGGUGGCAAAGGCAUUUGGUUGCGUCUUUCUCCGUACGGGGAGGACGACUGGGGGCUAUCGGCGGACACGAGAGUGGCGGGUAUCGCUGAGGUGUGCAUUCGUGUUUCUCUCACGCGGUGCAUCUCCUUGAGCUCGGCAGGAGGAAUGCUACCCCCACUGGGCGCUGUUGGGGGCGGGGCGGGAUCGGAGAUGGCGCGUUUCGAAAAGGACGAUAAAGUAUUCAGCGGCAGAAUGCGGUAUGAAGAUAGCCGCGAUGCCCCACCGCUCACACUGAAACUGGAGCUCAUUUCGGUUCAGAUCGACUCGAACUAUCCGAACCAGAUCUCUCCAUCUGAGGACAUGCACGUUCGGGCUUCUGCGGCGGAGUAUGGCACUGACGAUGACGAUUCGUCCCUUGCAACUAGUGGUAGUGGUAGUGGGGAAGAUAGUGCCAGCAGAAGGGGCUCUUGUUCAAGAGAUGGUAGCAUCAACAGCUACAGCGUCGGCACUGGCACUGGCACUAGUGGUAGCACUAAGACCACAAGCGACCACUCCGGCGAGAGCGACGACGAGGACAGCGAGUGGAGCGGAGGAACGGGAAGGACCGCCACCGGUAGCCACACUUCCAGGGUCGGCAACACGAUCAAGGACAGCACGAAGGAAAGGAGAACAGAUGGACGAAGGUCCCGCGGCCGUUACCUGGAAAAUGACGAUUACGUAGCGGAGCGUGAGCAAGGGCAGUACCAAUGUGACGUCGAGUGGUGCGGAGUCAAUAUAGGCGGGACUCGGGCUCAACUGGCCGGGCUGCCAACUCCUCGGUGGGAAGGGCAAGUGUUCUACCUCCCGUUAUGUGCAGCCGCGACCUUCUCUCACGGCAGAACAUCAGAAUCAACAGCCGAUGCAGAUACUACGGUAGACGAGAGCUGGGCACAGGAGCAUGUUUCGCGCGGACGAAUAGGAGAAGGGGGGGCGCGACAACAGCAUUGCAACCCUUCGCCCUCCCUCUUGAAGAUCACACUCAAUAGGAUCUCGUGCGGCAGCGGUGGGCCGGCCUCUUGCACGGGAGGAAAGCAAGAUCGGAGAGUUGACGUUGGCAUAACGAAUGCUCAACACCGAACACGAUGGUCGGCAUUUUUGUGUGGGCUUAUCCAACCGUCACCUGUUGGCCGCGCAGUCCUAGAGGCCGGUGAUAUUCUCAGCAUGCUGGGGUCCCAGCAGGUGGUAGGCAUGAACCCGCCCUCUCGAUGCGGGGCGGCAGGGUCUAGCCGUCGGAAAGAGCGUGAAGACGGAGGAGAAUCUGCUGUGGGUUGGUCGCUCCGGCUGUUGUUGAGCCUAGAAAACACGGAGAGCACCCGCACUCGCCUCCUCGUGACAGACGUUCUGGGAGGGAUCAUCCAGGACAUCUUGGAUGCUAUCCCAGGGCAGGUGCCGCGAAUCGAGAUCCGCGUGGUCGGCACGCGUGCAGUACCUACUCCCAACGCUGCAAAGAUCACCUCCUGUGGCCUCUCCAGCCGACAGCACCGCCAACAGCCGGGAGUUACCGCCUCUGGCGCACCACGCCACCACGAGCCGGCGCUCCAUCUCUGUGCUGAGUGGAACGGGAACCACGCCGCGUUCAUGAAACUGUCGUCCUGCGAAGACGGUCCGAUGGUGGUAGACGAGGUUUUGUUUCCUGAUUCCCAGAAUAGCAUCGGUGAGAGCUUUGACAACGACGAUUUUGGGACAAGCAGCGAAUGUCCGGCGCAGGCGACAGCAGCCGCCAAGUCCAAUAUGAUUGUUCUUCCCGUGUACGUGCCAUGGAUUAUGAAGGACGCUUCCAAUGACAAUCACUCAGAAGUGCUAAGUCGCACACGUCGCCCUCGUCGAAGCACUGGUGGGGGUAACGUUGAUCGGGACGACAGCUACGAAGGCGAUGAAGGAGGUGGGCGUUCGCAUUGUCUACGAGUGACGGUGGGUACAGAGGUCCAACCUGGCCGAGAACGAAGAAAGUUGGACAUGCUGGGUCACGGGUCUCACCACAAUGGCGUGAUGGGACCUACCACAUCUUCAUCCUCAACCGGUUGUACCUUCGCAUCCUCACAGCAGCUGACAGAGGUCUGUUUCUUCGAGCGAGACCUCCUGCGCGAUGAUUGGACCGAGAUCUUGGUCCCGGUGUUUCGCAAUUGCCCCGAGGAAAACGCUCGGGAUCUGGUGCGAAGGCCGACGAAGCAGAAGCGGUGCCGAUGCCACCCCCAAGCAAACAGAGUGGUUGUUCUGCGGGUGAGAUCUGCCGGGCUUCAACCCAAGCCGCCACCCCUCUGGCUAGUGCGACGCGACUGUGCAGAACGUGCGGUCAAGAGGAUCAUAUCGGCGGCGGCAGCGGCCGUCGUACAGCCACGGGUGGAAGUGACCCUGGUUGAACUCGUGGAUCCCAACGGAGUGGGACUUGACCAACCCGCAGGCGGGUCCAAGCCCAGAGGUGCCGACCCAUCAACGUGGUUUUCCGACGGCGGCGACGAAAUGCUUAGUAACGACUGGGUCAGCUUAGGCGGCGGCGUACUGGCUUCUCCGAGACCUUCCAGCGCACAGGAGGAAGCACCAUCCCACAAGCAACAGGAAACCUUCGGAGCAUCACAAGGCAACGGUUUGGGCGAAGACGAAGGUCAUCGUGGUGACAGUCCAUCGUCAUCUAAGCGAUUAGGGGACCAUCGUCCGGAAGUUGGCGACAAACCGGACAGGGAGGCUGGCAACGAAGCUGCUGCCGUGCGACGUGGGCGUGGGCGAAGACGAGAAAAAACGCGGAGAGUUCUCGGUUGGGCAAGUUUGGUGGACGAUGAGCUGUUGCUUCAGCCUCCAGGCCAGAGAGUCGAGCUGGCGCUAUCGGCAAAGGCAGGACUAGACACACCCACAGCAUGGUCAUUGACUCACCACCUAAAGAGGAAAGUGACCGCCUACCGGGCUACUCAAGCCUCCGUUGUUGCGGUUGUGCGGCACUUCGACGUUCCGCGAGGUCCUUUGCUUGGUCUCCAGUGCCCAGCGCCAUUCUUCGAGGUGGAGGUAAUCGACGGCCAUGGCCUACCGAAAGACCCGGGACAGCUGAGCGUCAAUCCGUACGUCGUACUGACUCUCGACGGCGAGCCCUUUGCCCGUUCGUCGACUUCUCGUGGGGCGACGUUUCCCGUCUGGUCUUCGGAAGUCUUUAUGGUGCAGCUCCCGCCACCCCCUCCGGGAGCGUGGCAUCUCACUGCGCAUCACUACUUCCAGGGAUAUCGGGGGAAACCAUUCACGCUCGGAGCGAGAGUGUACAGUCAAGUGGGGCCCCAAGCGGCGGCGGCCGUCGUUCAAAAGGGUGUACUCAACGGCGGGGUCGGCGAAGGCGACGUGCUCUUGGGGGAAGCUCGGGUGCCCUUCUCGCUCUUGAAAGAAGUGCCGUUCCACUACCUCCCACUCCGGCUCCACCCGCCACACCCGCCGCAACCGUCUCGGUGCGGCUGCUGGUCGGGCGUCGAAAACGCGUCCACUGCCAUGACGGGGGAAGGUGGAGACUGCGGUGCCGACUUCGGCAGCACGCGCAACUGCACAAGUUCUGGGGGGCCCUCUUGGAGCGAGACGUCGGUACUUCAAGGGGAUGUCGUGCCAGAUUCUGGCCUACUGGGCAUCGGUGUGCGGAUCGUUUUUCCCAGCCCGACCGUGCCGGAUGUUCCCUGCGCUUCCUCCGCCUCAGACGAGACCUUGUCGGACCUACCACUGCCUGCCGGAGCCGUUUCUGACGCCGGAAGGGAAGCAGCCACCGGUGGGGUCGAGGCGAUGGGUGACGCGAUCGUGCUCAGCGUGUACGAGGCGGAGGCGCUGGUCAAGGAGACCAGGCAAGGAGAAGGGAAGGAGACCCCGACCCCGUACUGUGUGGUCCUCGUGAACGGCCUCGAGGUGGGACGGACCACGACGAUCCCAAACUCGUCGGAGCCUAUGUGGGCAACCGACUUCCGUCUGCCAGACAGCCUCCUGUGCGUAACGAACCCGUCAAGAGGAACUCCUAAGACGGCCGAUAGCGGCGGGGGCGGUAGGUUGCGGCCACCCCAACACCCAUCCCGGCGGGCCGACCGAGUUUCGGGAGCGUUGACCUUGGAGGUGUGGAACAGGGUUCCAGAGGGAGACCCCGUCCUGUUGGGAGCUGUGGAAGUUCCGUCCGACCUGCUGCAGGAGGUCAUGUCGUCACCUGCGCCCGCGGAUAAAGACGAAAGAGGGGUUAGCCGAGAGGACCGAGGCACGGCGGGUGAAAUCGAGGGGUGUUCACCAAGGCUCCACUUGAUUGACUUGAAUCUCAAAUCGCCCGUGAAAAAUACGAAGCAGGGGCAGCUGCCGGAGACGGGACACGACGAGAAUAGCAUGGUUGACACAGUAGCGGGAACGCUACCAGCGGCAGCCGAGGCCUACGGCGGCACAGGGGGAGUGCUGAGCCUGUCCCUCAGAAGGGUUUUUGCCACCGCGAGACCGAGUACUUCGAACAUACCAAACGGACCAAGCGCGAUCGCGGAAUCUCCCGGUCUGCUGGCCAAGGAAAAUGGAAGCAACCCUGAGGCGAAGGUUCCCGGGACGCGGAUCUCCGAGACCGCUCUUCAACGAUACCGUUCCAAGAAGUUAAAAAGCCUCGCCGAUUCGACCCGAGCGGCCAGGGAAAAACUCGACGAGGCGAGGGCCCUGCUGGCUGACGCAGGAUCUACCUCGAGGGGGAGAAGUGCCAACGACUGUGCCAAAGAGAACGCCGCGCGCUUUGUACGGGCUUGGGAGAGGGAGACGUCCAGGGCGGAAAGGGCGCAGUUCCUGGAGGCGAAGAGGUCCACAUCAGAACUUGGACAGGAGGAGAGGAUAAGUCUGUCCCGAGAGGCCAAACGAAGGGCCGCUCUACGGCGAAAAGAUCCCAAACUGCCGACCCACGAUCACCGGACAAUCACGGUCGCUCCAGACGAAGCAAACGAUAGCACACAGCAUCGAAAAGCUCAUCCUGUGGGAAAGGACGACGUCGACGUGCCCUCUCUAGCAGGAGAUCGAAACAAGGAAAAACCGGGUGACGUCAACAAGCAGCUGGUUGAGGGUUGCAAAGAGGACGACCACCAAGGAACACACGAAGAACACGAUCGCCGGGAGGAUGUGGAGCUCAAUGGCGAUGAACAUGACGAAGAGGGAGAGGGAGAGGAAGAGGAAGAACCAAGCGCUCUGGAAACAAUUCUGCCUCGGCUUCCGGCCGCCCAGAAGGAAGUGUUCGUCAAGGUGGAAGGGGUUUCCGGCCUCAGUGCCCCGUUCACAGCAAGAGGAAACGCCGUGUACGCUAGAAUCUUUUGGAGUGGAGAGGAGGUGGCGCGGACAAGCAGUGUCACCCCCUCGCAGCAAGAACCUCUCCACCAGCCGGCUCCAGCCGCCACUGCUCCGGCAGCUUACGUUCAUAGCAUCCCGGGGAGAGGCAGCGACAGCAACGACAGCGUUAAGAAGGUGGACGUGCUCGCGGGCGGAGAAAACCUUGCAGACAAGAUUCGCGACGCCGCAGGCACCGCCGCCGCGUCCGUCGCAAACGCCACCGCGGCGGCCGUUCAUGCGUCGGGGGGGGGAGGAGUAGGAGGUACGAUGGAGGGCCACUGGGAGCAGGAAUCAUUCGUCUUGCCUCUCCCCCACGGUGAUGGCGCUAGCGGUGAUAACGAAGCGGGUCAGAGCGUUGACCUAGAGACCGCUGAUGGCCUGUUGGGGUCCAAUGUGCAAGGGGCUGGUGAUGGAGGCGGUGACACCGCAGGUGGAGACAGCACCAGUGCCAGUCUCGAUGAUGGUGUUCAUCUGCGCGUUGAGGUUUGGCAAGGCAAGCACUGCCAUGGCCAGGUCGAACUAGAGGGCACCGAGCUCUUGCGCAUGUGCAAGAAGGUACAAAACGCCACGCCUGGAGGCCGAAGUGCCUUUAUCGCCGAGAGCGGAAAUGGACGGAUUCGCCUCCCCGACCAUUUCCCUCACUUCUUACCCAAUCCUGAGGCCUUCCGGCCCUACAAGCUCGCCCUAGUUUCUCGUGAGGACGACGGGCACUACAGGGAAUCCUCGGCCGCGGCUCCAGCACGUCUGACUCUCACCUUGUUGGCGCUGGAGCCCGGACAAGUGGUAGCGGCGCAAGCACAGCUCGCCGUUGCGCUCGAGGACACGGGAUCGCGCAUCUUACGGCAACAGCAAGAUGAGUGCGCCGACGCUGGAAACGGUACGCUGGAUCCCGGGGGUAGAGGCGACGACAACACUGCCAAAGAAGGAGCUCGGGCGAAAGCAACGGGAGUAGCCGAGGACUUGGUGAACGUCCUGUGCGCGCGACGCAGCCCCCUAUGCUUUCGGGUUCAGCCCCUGGUCAUUCACAUUAAUUCCUUCGACGACGACAGCAACACCAGAUGGACAGGAGCUGGAGGGUCCGGUCUAUUCUUGGUAGCAACACGCCAAGUGCUCGCCGCUGCGCCCGAGCAGGGUUCAUAUCCGGGCAGCGACGGGAAAAGCGGGGUAUCCCCGACGGCUACCGCUUCUAGCUCUGCCGCUGGCGCGCAGGGCGACUUGUCCAUCGUACGCCGACAUGGCGCAGGUGACCGCAGCCACAACGACAACAGGCGCGUUGUUGAGGAAGAGGAGCUCGGCCGAACGGCACUCUUCGGCAUCCAUUCUGGUACAACCAUCGUGCCCGGCACGUCGUUUACCAUCCCGCCUAGCGCCCUUGUGGCGGAUGUUAAGCGGCUGAGCCGGAACGGGAGAGGUGGGGCCACCUCAUCGAUCCCUGACUUUCGGAGCGAAGACCAAUCGGAGGCUGCCUUUUCUGAAGAAGCGCGCAACUGCAACUCGAGAUUCAACCUCCGAGAAAGACCGGGGCGACCGCGGCUCAGGCUCCAAGUGCAAGAGUGCCAGAACUUGAGGAGUGCGGACAUGCUCGGCAAGAGCGAUCCCUGCGUUCUGGUGUUCUGGAACGGGGUGGAGGUUGGCCGCACGCCGAUCGCUCGCGACGAUCUACAUCCCGUGUUUUCGGCCGCCGGGAGUACGUUCCGACUCCCCCUGCUACCCCCGCCGAUAUCAAACACCCUCCACUCUGGAGACGGGAGGAGUGGGCGAUCCAGCCUCCAGAGGUCAGUCGAUUGGCGAGCGUAUGCCCCGGAGCUGCGCCUGGAGGUGUGGGACAUGGAUCGAGACACAUUCAGGAGGAAGUGGAAGAAGGGGAAGCUCUUGGGGAGCGUGGACCUGCGUGGCCCUUACGGCAUCGCUCCGCUCAUCGAGGCGUCCGCAGUGCAGGAUCCGGGCGUGGGGACCACCGCUCACGUGGACAACAAGAUUCCCGGGGUGUUUCUUCGGCUUCGCGCUCCUGAUGGCCAGGGAUCCAAGCACGGGGCGGACGGAGGCGAGGCUGGGCAGGCCUUCGCCGGGGUGAUUUCCAUCCGUAUCUCGAUCGAGAACGACACCGACGACUCAGAAGCGUGGAUAUCGCAAGCGCCCGCCGCCUCGACGAGUUCUCCCGCCACCAUUCGUGAGGCCCGUUCAACAAAAGUCGGAGCUGUGGCUACAAAUACCUCGGAGUUGAAGUGCAGUCGGCCGGCACAAUCGUCACUCAGUUCCGGGGAUACCACUCUUACGGUUGAGGCAGGUCGCAAGGCCAGUCUGGGGAUUCGCUGUCUCGAUGCACGGGGGUUGCCCGCGGGAUGCGAUGGGUACUGCCGGGUGUUUUGGAACGGUAGACAGGUUGGAAGCACUCUCUCAGCGUCCCGUUUUGCUCAGGAAACGCGCCACACCACCGGAUUAGGCCACGCGGCGCCUGCGUCGGUGUAUCAGCGGAAUCCGGUUUGGUGGGCCUCUUCGGAUGAGAUGCUAUCUGAUGAUGAUCGCGGCUACCGAAAGCCUAGCCUUGACGAGUGCAGCAGUGCUACCGCCGUUGUUCCUCAGAACGAAAGCCCCACAGUAGCAGACGAGUUGAUGCUGGAGGUUUUCGACGGAAGCACGCGCAAAGAGGGGAAAAAGAGCACCGGCGGUAUGCUUCCAUGCCGCGCCUCCUGGGGGGAGUCCGUCGCAGGCAAAGAUGCCGCCGAUCUAAAGGCUGGUGGGAUUGGGGUGGGUGUGAACAACGCUACAACAGGUUGCCGUGACGUAUUCGGGCGCUCGCUCGGAAUCGUAACCAUUCACGGGGAGCAUCUCACGAGCCCUCCACACGGCCGCAUCGACCUGCCCCUUCUGUUACCUCCCUCUUGCAAGGGCAUGAACGAAUCUGGGAUUACCCUCAGCAUAUCGUUGAAACAGAUUGUUGAUGGCGUAAGCUUCGCUGAUGUUGCCGUUCCUCGGCUCAUGAGGGCAGCUGAGCAGCGCAAAAGCAACGAUAAUGUUCCAACAACAACGAGAUCAUCUAUCACCACCAACACGAUGUUGGUAGCGAAAGGCGAGGGUGGGGAACCGGAGUCUCUGAAAGAGCAAACGACUUCUCAGCGCCCCACGCGCUGGCUGAGGCUUUUGCUCCAAGGGGCCCGCCUUCGGAGAGGGCUUGACGUGUCUGGCACGAGCGACCCCUUUUGCACUGUCUAUGUGGACCGCGUCUGGUUCGCUGAGACGCGCGUCUGCUGGGGCACUCUCGCACCCAGAUGGGACCAACGGAUCGAGAUCGAGGUGUUCGGGAGGGAAGGGGCGCUUGCGCAGGGGCUAGGCUUGGUCGGCCACGAGAUACGGGUGGAGGUGUGGGACAAGGACGUAGUCGGUGCCAACGACUUCAUCGGGGAAGUUCAUUUGUUUCUUCGCGAAUGCCAAGACGGAAUGGUCGAAGUACGAACCCGUGCUGAAGCACAGCCAACGAGAGAAGAUGCCAUGAACAUCAGCCAAGCUGACGGGAAAGCUGGCUUGCAGUAUCACACGCUCGAGCUUUGUCGGGAAGGGGAGAAAGAAGCACCGACGACGGGAAAACCAGGCGAUGAGUCUAUCGGCACGCUUUCUUGCGCCACAGUGGUGUACACAGAGAAAAACUGGAAGGCCGAGAUCGCAAACAUGAGCCUGCCUUGGGUACUCGGGGCAAGCGUCUCCUCCCUCAUGGGCAGCGAGGAAGAUUGUAUCGUGAUACAGUUAGUCGGCGCCGUGUUGAAAGCGAAAAAACAGCUCCCGCAUGCUACUCCUGGUUCUGGCUGUUUCGCGUUGCUGCGGUGGGGAGGGAGCAUUGUGGGUCAAACUCCCGUGUGUCGCGAUUUGCAUGAGCCAACCUGGCACGAGCAGAUCUUUGCGGUACAGAUGGACAGGAGAGUUUCGGACAACGUCCUCGACAUCGACAUCUACGUUGCAGACACAGAUACGUCUGCGCCUGCGGAGGGUGCCUCAGCCCCUCCUGAAGACUCGCUCGUUGCAAGGUGUCGCUUAGAGGGCCCGUUCACGAGCUCAAGGUUCCCAGACUUCACAAGUAGCCACCCCCUGCUUUGUCUAGGGGACGCGGAAAGGGCAGCACAAACGGUCCCAGACCGCGACCGCCCUGUUAGAAAGAACGAAGCUAGGCCAAGGCGGAGUUGGCCGAAAAAGAAACGUAAUUCCAGCGUCGUUGGAUCCGUUAGCCUGCGCAUCGGGAUUACUGCCGCCACAGCCAGCACGUGUGGUGGUGGCAUCGGCAAGGCGACAGACGCGGUGGGGGACGAAGACGCCCCGGAAGUUAGCAGGCGCAGGACGAACGCGGUGAACCGUAGGCUGAGGAUGCACGUCGGGUGGGUUUCGCUGGCACGCAUGCUAGGCCGAGUGCCCAACUCUUUGAGUCCAACGAAGGAUGCUAGGGCAAAUCCGGGAGGAUCAGCGACGCACGACGAAUGCACUUCAGCGCAACAGCCUAGUCGGGGCAGCAGCUUAACGAGGAUGCGGCCGUCUAUUCAGUCGCGUCAAAACCAUCUGAUCGUCGGCGGCUCGCCGGCCUCAGCGAAACAACCCUCGAGCAACAGUGGCAGCGCCCUGCACAACACAACAAACGUAGCGAUGGUUCCGUCUUCUCCACUAUCACUGGCUAGUCCUGCCUCGGGCGUAUUUUGUGUGGUGAUCUGGUGCGGAAUGCGGGUAGCCUCGUUCGAAAUUUGUCCUAGCACGGGGCUGCCUCUCACUCCGGGAGAGUGCCUCUUGGAGCUGCCUAGGGGCGCGCCUUGGAACUGUUGCCGUCUCGUUCUUGAGGUGAUUGCUACCGAGCAAUUCAUGCAGCACCCGCGCAUGGAGGAGGCUCAAGAUAUCUGGCAUCACAUUCGUCUGCUUCAUUCACCGACGGACAGUAACACCGCGAAAGGGCGGGAUGGUGAUCUUGGAGGUCCAGAUGACGGGGCUCACCACCUGUUGGGAAGGGUCGUCGUAGGUUGGCAGGCACUCAAAACGAUGAAAGAACAGGCUUACCGAUUCACGACUUGCCCUGAAGACGCCGUUGCCGAGGAGGAGGGUAGCGAGGGUGGAGACAAAGGAUACACUGAUCUCCAGUGUUCCCUGUGCGUCUCAACAGACGAAGGGAGCAAUCGUCCAGCCCACCCCAAGAACGAUGGUAUCUGUGGUGAUUCAGCAGACAAGGACCACCCGCAGUCCACUUUCUGUCCAGAAAGUGGGGGCAUGAGAGAAAGUCGAGCAUGGAGAAUCUUACCUGCGCGGAUAGCGAUGUCUGUUCGCCUCGAGCGUCUCAUGCCGUCACGCACACCGCGCCCCUCCCGCGUGCCCGAAGUGGCACCCAGGAACUCUGUUUGCCGGCUACGCCUAAGCAUCCUUGGAGGGGGUAGAUCAACCCGCACGUCGCAUCCGGGAUCGCUGCGGCACGGUCCCUCCCUGUCGGAUUCGUCCACUGUUACCGUUGGGUGGAACGGCUGCGAUCGAACAGUUGGACCACCGUUGGAAUGGCAGAUCCAAGUUCCUCCUCUGUGUGGCAACUUUGCACCAACAUCAGGUCUGAGCAAAGACAUUCUGCUGGAUAUACCGCGGGACAGCCGAAGCGAUCUCUCUUUAACCCUCCGAGAAGUAGCUACGCCGCUUGGAACACACACGGGGGAGAGUACGGAGCAAGGGACUGGUGCUGUGGCGACGUUGGGAAGUGUAACGAUCGACUGGGACGGACUGUCUUGCCUUGCGGCAAGCUCAACGGACUACUUCGUCGAACCGCCGGACGGACGGUUGACAUCGUCGAAGAGCAUGCACCCACUUCAACCCUCCAUGGUGAACCUAGAGUUCGUCGCACCAACAAGAGCGGCCGGCGUCCACGAACACAAGCAAGAAGGAGGUCCGACACCGGGGGAGUCACAAGUCACCGGCGAGAAUAGGCAUAGCAACAACGGACCCAUCGCCCGUUGUUAUCAAACCACUGGGUUUCGCAUCCGGGUGAACCUCCAGCUGGAAUUGUCUCCAGCAUCCGUCCCGCACUUGCUUUCUUUUUCGCCCGUCGCGGCAAGGGGUCCGACGGCUAUUCUGUCAGGAGCGGGAGCGACGCAAGCCGAAGUCGGCCGCCUACCGGUGGAUGGCAUUUCUGUGGGAGACUUUAGGGACCCCUGCCGUAAGGAGCGCCUGCCGUACCUCCGAUUCUCGUGGCCUUGGGACGACGGUUGGCUUGCGUUGACAGAGAGACGGAGCACGCUCAUCCCUCGUAUGGAUCUGUCGGGUCUAAGCGAUCCGUUCUGCGUGGCCUUAUGGAACGGCCAGGAGGUUGGGCGUACGGCGGUACGGCACGGCACGCGGGAUCCUGAUUGGGUUGCCGACGGCAGCAAGGGCGGGUUCACGAGCGUUAGAUCAACGAGGGGCGGGGGGUGGUUCAAUCUUCCUUUCCUUGUCCCAGAAACAGAGAAAUGGGGGGAACAGGCCUGGCCGCCAAUGUGCUUGGAGAUCCGGUGCUACGACCACGACCUCCUGGGUCCCGCGGACUUGAUUGGCUGUGUCAAGCUUGGCGCGGAUGCUAUCUUGGCGAUGGCAAGCACAGCAAACGUCGACGAUGACGCCAGCGCCGAGGUUACAUGGUUGGAAUUAGUGCCAGACACCAACACAUCGACGACGGCGGCUUCCAGUGAAUCUGGCAUCACCAAACAUCGGAAUCCGUUCCGGUCCUUGGGCGACAUCGCGGUCGCCGUGAACACGAAGCUGCCUCUUCCGGGCAGUCUUGAAGAGUACGAGCGGUCGAAAGAGCGGAGCGCCACCGAAAUCACCAGAGGUGUCGCCGACGUCGGUGUUUUGGCACUGCUGCAGUCUAUGGACCGGGAGCUGUGCAUGCGCGACCGAAAGCUAUGGGUGGUGAAUGCGUCCGGCCUGGUGAAAGCUGACUUUUUCGGGAAAAGCGAUCCCUACGCCAAGGUGUUCUGGGACGGUCGCGAGAUCGGCGCAACCGCCGUCCGACAUAAAACCCUCAACCCGGUUUGGUUCACGGAGCACGCCCCAAUCAGACAGAGGAAAGCGACAGGCGGCGCAGCCGCUCAGGAGGAAGACAAGCCCUACUUUUGGCUGGAGGGCACUCGUAGCACCAACCCUCGUCUGCGCGUGGAGCUGUACGACUGGGAUGCGGUAGGUUCGCAUGACUUUCUGGGCGGAGUUGAGCUUGACAUGGCCGAGCUGGUGGAACUUCAGAGACUGACGCUUGGAAAAGCCCGGGCGAACGGCGGCAACACGGAUCAGCAGAUGCUCCUCAAGACUGAGUAUCCCUUACGGCCGUCGGGCGAUCCCAAAGUGGGGGGAAACGGAACGCUGGGUCUGUGCCUCUACCUUGACCUGGAGCAGAAGAAGCGGAGGCAGAAAAGGGAGCAGGCCGCCGCUGCGCGAAGGCAGCAGGCAAUCGAUCUCGCGCUUGCCGAGGUUGAUAUGAAGAACGAAGUCUUGGAGCGAACACUAAUGAGUGCCGAGGACGCCGAUGCCCUCGACAUGGAGCAACUGCAGCGACAGCGGAACGAAGAAGAGGCGUCGUCGUGGCAGAUCUACUACGACGAAUCUACGGAGCCGCCCUCUCCAUGGUGGUUCAACUCCGUUACGGGAGAAUCGACCUGGGAUUGUCCAAACGUCCAAGUAGAAACCGACGCGGCGACUGAUGGCAGCUCGCUGAUUGUCAACGACGAAGGCGAAGACGGAGGUCAGCCACAACGGCAACUCGCCGUGGCGGGGGGAAAUGCGAGCGACUGGCAAAUGUUUUACGACGAGGAGUCUGCCGACGAGCCGAUACCGUGGUGGUACAACUCCGUCACCGGGGAGUCCACGUGGGACUGCCCUACGGCUUUGAAAGCUGCUGCCGCGAGCUCGACAACCGCCGCCGGAGUCAACGAAGACGAGCCGAAGGCGCAGCACAUGGAGCUCGCUAUCGUUGAAACGGUCGACAUUUCGACAUGGGCCCAGCUGUGGAGCGAAGAAUAUCAGGACCUGGGGUGA